AUGGAGAGAGCAAAGAAAAUCAUCAGAAGGGCGAUCUUCACUUUCCUCAAGAACUACCAGUACUUCACCAGCAGCACCCCUAUCUUCCUCCUCUUGAUCCCUUUCUCUGUUUCAUCUCUGUUCUAUCGUGCCCUCCUCAUCCGUUCUCCCGGUCCCCUCGAUCUACUCGACCGACCUUCGUCCAUCUUUCUUGUAGUUUCUUGUUUCUCCUUCUCUGUCGUCUUCUUAGUGAAGGCUAAAUCCUCCAUACUGCAAGCUGUGGACCCCUUCAAGCCCUUCCCAUCACCCUCUUCACUUCACAAACCUCUUCUAGAAAUCCAAAGUUUCAAUCUGCUCCUGCUCUGCUUUCUGUCUGCUUCGUGUUGUCUGCUUAAAUCACUCGUUGCUAACCCGAACCACGCACUCUUUACAAUAUUAUUUGGGACUAUCUACUAUACGAUAUACACCAACAUGACUGUUGUAUUCAACUUAGCUUUAGUCAUAUCCGAAACCCGGAAUCUACCUGCUUAUGUUGCUAUUCGCGAAGCUUUCCUGUUGAGGGUCCAGGAUUCUUCCACGACUCUAAUAUUGGCUCUGGCCUCAAGUAUGAUUUCUGCUGCGAUCGAGUCGCUUUUCAGAUGCAGAGUAGUGAGAGCUCUCGGUCCGAAGGAUUCCCGGAGAGCCGUUCUGUCAGUAUCCCUCGAAGGUCUACUGAUCGCUUAUCUGUAUUCGAUUAUCAUUGUACUGGAUACAACCGCUUGCUUCUUGUUCAUCAGUGACUAUGGGAGUGAGCCGAAAACAAGCUCAUCCGCCUCGUCAGAUGAAGCGGAGAUAUGCUGCAGUGACAGUGAGGCUGCUGGAAAGGUUGUUGAAGACUCUCUUCUCGCGUGA